GUUGAACUUGAAUGUGGUGGGCAGUUCCUCCAACACGCACAACGCAGCUUCCCUCCGGCGGCGCGCACAGCUACAGAUUCCACUGUAGGCCGGCCGUUUGAGGAGCCAUCCACUGCCGCAUCGCCGCCGUGAGAAGCCUCAGCCACUGCUGCAGUGAGAAGCCUCAGCCAUCGCCGCCACCUCCGCUGUGAGAACUGAGAAGCCUUAGCCAUCGUCGCUAACUCCUGCCGAAGGUUAUGGGACAUGUUGGAGCUUGCAAUGGCAUGAAGCUGCCCGAUUUCACAGCACUAAUGGAAUUAACUAGGCCUCAUAUAGACUCCUUUGAUUAUUUCAUUGAUAGAGGUCUUGAUGUUUUGGUUUCACACGUAAAGCCUAUUGAGGUCAAUGAUUCUUCUUCUGCAACAACACUUAGGAUAUGGUUAGAGAAUCCAGUUUUGUUGCCUCCAGAUAAGGAAGGAAACACUAGAACAAAGCAUGACCAACUGCUUCCGUAUGAGUGUAGACAAUGUGGAACGUCCUACCGGGGUAGACUUCAUGUGGACGUCUGCUUUCAAUAUAACGGUGGAGUUGUAAUUCGUGACCAAUUUUUCUUUGGUCGUCUUCCCAUAAUGCUAAAGUCAAAGCUGUGCCAUUUAAGGGGUGCUGAUCCAAAAAAGUUGGUUUCAUUGAAGGAGGAGUCAAGUGAAAUUGGUGGCUACUUCAUAUGCAAUGGACUUGAGCGACUUGCACGGAUUUUAAUAAUGCCAAAGCGGAAUUAUCCGAUGAGUGUGAUCCGUAAUGCAUACCGUAACCGUGGAUCAGCUUUUACUGAGAAAGCUGUUCUCAUCAGAUGUGUCCGACAAGAUCAAUCUGCUGUCACAGUAAGGCUGUAUUACCUGCAGCAUGGAAGUGCAAGCAUUGGAUUUCUGGUGCGAAGGAAGGAAUACAUUAUACCAGUUGGCAUAAUGCUGAAGGCCCUCGUUGACACCAGUGAUGCUGAAAUUUAUACGAGUUUGACUUCUUCUGGUAGUGAUACCUACCAUGUUUCUAGAGCAACAGGCUGUGUGCAGCUAACUGGGGAAAGAGCAAAGAUAAUCUUAAAUGAAGUCAGAGAUUUUGGUUUAUUCACGCGGCUACAGUGCCUGCAGUUUAUUGGUAAAAGAUUCCAGCCAUUAAUGGAAGGAUUAGAAAUGGAAAGUCAUUCAGUGGUUGGAGAAUCUGUUCUAAAGGAGUUUGUCUUCGUGCACCUUGACAACAAUCACGACAAGUUUAAUUUACUCAUAUUUAUGUUGCAAAAGUUAUUUGCCGUAGUUGAUCGGAUAGCAGCUCCUGACAAUCUGGAUACAACACAAAACCAUGAGGUUUUGUUACCUGGGCAACUAAUUACAGUAUAUCUCAAGGAAAAGUUUGAGGAGUGGUUGAGUAGAUCAAGACGACAGAUUCUAGAUGAGCUUAGGAAAGAAGACAAACAUUUUGAUAUUCAAAAUUUGACACAUGUGAAAAAAGCUAUGGAUAAAUUUUCUUCUGUAAAUGUUGCAAAGGCUGUUGAAGCUACGCUAAGUACUGGAAACAUUGUUACAAGUUCAGGUCUUGAUAUGCAGCAGGUCUCUGGCAUGACCGUUGUUGCAGAAAAGCUUAAUUUCCUUCGUUUUAUAUCUCAUUUUCGUUCUGUACAUAGAGGUUCUUUUUUUGUGCAUAUGCGUACAACAAGUGUGCGGAAGCUUCUACCUGAGUCCUGGGGAUUUCUUUGCCCUGUUCACACACCUGAUGGGCCUUUGUGUGGUUUGUUAAGUCACAUGACGUCUACAUGUCGAAUAACCUCUUAUUUUGAUGCACAAGGGAAUAUCAAAGAUUUCUCAAAGAUCCGAAUGUCAAUUUUGAGUGCACUGAUCUGCUGUGGUAUGACUCCACGGCUUCCACGAUUUGAGAAAGCUGGUGCUCGCAGGCUUCUUAAUGUCCUUCUGGACGGUUGUGUUAUUGGCAUUAUAGAUGCUGAUAAGGCCACAGAGGCUGUUGCUUAUCUAAGGAAUUUGAAGAUGUUGGCAAAUUCAAUGAUUCCUGAUGACUUGGAAGUGGGUUAUGUACCUUUGUCCUUUGGUGGUGCCUAUCCUGGAUUGUUCCUUUUCACUUCUCCUUCUAGAUUUAUUCGUCCUGUGAAGAAUUUGGAGCAAGGAGGGAUUGAAUUUAUUGGGCCUUUUGAACAGGCUUUUAUGGAGAUCAGGUGUCCUGAUGGUAGGGAUGGGGGAAGCAGAUUAUCUUCUUUUCCAACAACUCAUGAAGAGGUUCAUCCAACUUCAAUGCUUAGUGUUGUAGCUAAUCUCACACCUUGGUCUGAUCACAAUCAGAGUCCACGAAAUAUGUACCAGUGCCAGAUGGCAAAGCAAACCAUGGGUUUUUCUUCUCAGUCUUUGCAGUUUCGAGCAGACAACAAAACAUACCAUCUCCUUACUCCACAAUCACCAAUUGUGCGUACAUCUUCAUAUAACAAGUACUGUGUGGAUGAAUUUCCAUCUGGGACAAAUGCAAUUGUUGCUGUUCUCGCAUAUUCAGGUUACGACAUGGAGGAUGCCAUGAUUUUGAACAAAUCAUCGGUGGAGCGAGGAUUAUGUAGAGCACAUAUAUAUCAGCGAGAAACAGUGGACUUGACCAAUACACAUGGAAGAAAAGAUCAUGUGCCAAAAUUAUUUGCACGAAAUAACAAUGAUAAGUCUGCAAAGAUGUUAAUUGAUUCAGAUGGUCUUCCAUAUAUUGGUCAGGUCAUUAAUCCAGAUGAAGCAUAUUAUUCCACCUACAAUACUGUAACAAACAGAACAUACUUGAACAAGCUUAAAGGUUCGGAAGCUGUUAUAGUUGAUUAUGUUGUUGCAGAUGGAGCAAGUUCGAAGAACAAUUUGCAAAGGGUGAACAUUCGUCUACGUCGCCCUAGAAAGCCUGAGAUUGGUGAUAAGUUCAGUAGUAGACAUGGACAAAAGGGUGUCUGUUCUCAAUUGUGGCCAGACGUUGACAUGCCCUUUUCAGGAGUAACAGGAAUACGACCUGAUCUCAUAAUCAACCCACAUGCUUUUCCAUCUCGGAUGACAAUUGCUAUGCUUUUGGAAUCCAUCGCUGCAAAGGGUGGUAGCCUGAAGGGAACUUUUGUUGAUGCAACCCCCUUUUCUGGAUUGUUGAAGCAAGUGGAUGGUGAGAAACCAGUGUCAAGUACACCUAUUGAAGAAUAUGGACCAUUGCUCGCCUCUUAUGGUUUCAGUUAUCAUGGAACUGAGGUCCUUUACAGUGGAGUUCUUGGUACUGAACUCACAUGUGAAAUAUUUAUGGGUCCAGUUUACUACCAGCGUCUACGGCAUAUGGUUUCCGACAAAUUUCAGGUUCGAUCCACUGGACCCAUUAACCAGCAGACCAGGCAACCACUUAAAGGAAGGAAGAUCGGCGGAGGGAUUCGUUUUGGUGAGAUGGAGCGUGACUCAAUACUUGCUCAUGGUGCAUCAUAUUUGUUGCAUGAUAGGCUCCAUACGUGCUCUGACUACCAUAUUGCUGACGUAUGUUCUCUAUGUGGGAGUCUUCUUACUGCAUCUAUUGUCCAGCAACAAAAGAUAACUGAGAAACCACUUGCUGAGCUCUCCCCAGCGAUAAGCUACUCGAAGAAGGCAUUCUGUCAAGCAUGCAAAUCUAGUAAAGGAAUGGAAACUGUAGCCAUGCCGUUUGUUUUCAGAUAUUUGGCUGCUGAAUUAGCUGCAAUGAACAUAAAAGUUUCUCUUCAUUUACGGGAACAAGUCUGAUUUGGUGGCUUAGUUUAUUUAUGCAUUUAAAGAUUGUAAUGGUUGACUAGGUAAUUUAGUUUGAUUAGUCGAUCAUGAUCAACCAUGGGUGCAUUUGGCAUCGUUUAUAAUAUACAAGCAUGAGGUUUACCUUGUA